AACUUUAAUGUGUAUUUACAGCUGAGAGAUCCCAAUCUGCACUGCAGUGGCUCAGAGGUACGAUUGAAAAGGGAAGUAAUUUUAAAGGUCAUAUAAUGAAGAAUGGCCAGUGGUCAGGAGAGCAAUGCAUCCUUUUCUGGUGAACAGACAGCUGCUUCAGACAGUUCUCAAGUGAAAAAGUCUCAUAAUUAUGAAGAGGAAAUAUUUUAUAGGAACUGCAGAGCAGCCUACUUAGCUAUCUUUAAAAGCAGUUUAGAAAACAUUAAAUCAAAAGAACAACUGUGUUUAGUACUUCAGCAAGCAGGAAGAAAUCCUUCUUGGCAGACAGUUAAUAAAUACUGGACACACCAAACUACCUCACUGAAUUUUGAUGAUUUUUGUUUCAUCUUGAAAAAAGAACCCCCUGUUCAAAAAACAGAGCUACUCAAAACCUUUGCAAAAAUGGAUGCAAAUAAUGAUGGCUAUAUCUUGCAUAGUGAACUUCAUAAUGUUCUUACAACAAAAGGUGAAAAAAUGACUCUUGAUGAAGUUAAUGCAAUCACUGAGUUGACUGAAGUGAACGAUGAUGGCAAGUUUUACUAUUACAAGUUUUGUAAAUUGUAUAUGACAAUCAAUGAACAAUGUCUGAAGAAUGCAAUGGAGAAACUGGAGGUUGACAGUAAACUGAAGCGUCAGCAGCUUGGAAAUCAAAUUGAGAUCUUUUCAGAAAUGGCAAAAUCAACAGAUUCAAAACCAAAAACUGAAAGAAAAACAGACCCUACACCAGCACAAAAAAGAGGUCACUGCAAGCCCUCUUUGCAGCCUUCCUCAGCCCCAAGUUGCAAAAUCUCUGUGACGUCCACUAUCAGUAUGGGUGCCAGCAGCAACAAAAAAUCCAAGCUAAUUGAACCAAAUGCAGUAAAGGAAUGGCAUUGUGCAUACUCCAAAGGAUGUUUCUUCUUCGAAGACAAUGAUGAAAUAGUUUGUCAUAAAUAUAAGUUAUUUUUACCCCAAAGAUCAACAGUAUGUAUCACCAUUAAGCCUGUAUGUUUUAGCCAAAUGGAAGGAAAAAGUUCUCCAUGGUUAGCAGUGGACACUGCUUUGUAUAUUUUACAGGAAAAUGAAACUGAGGAAAAACCUAAAGCUGUGAACUUCACUGAACUACGAAAUAAAGAGACUUUUGGUUGGAGAGGAGAACUUGGAGCUGGUGAUUAUUGGAUAAUUCCUUUCACCACUGGCUGUAGAUUCAAGAAAAUAAAAAGGCAAAUUGCCAAAGAAGCCAAACUCAUAUCUGAAGAUGGGAAUGGAUGCUUGGCACUUACUAAGGAGUUCAGAGCAGCCUUGUCAGAAAUAUUUGAAAUGAUUGAUCUGGAUGGGAAUGGUUUUCUCAGCCUGGAAGAGUACAACUUCUUUGAAAUGAGAACCAGUGGUGAGACAUGUGAUGAAGAAGCUUGGGCGAUAUGUAAACAGAAUUUUGAAACAAAGAACAAUGAACUUACAAAACAAGGAUUUAUGGAUCUGAAUCUUAUGGAAGCCAGUGACCGAGGAGGGGAUCUUAGUGAUCUCUGGAUUACUUUGAUGUCAAUGGGCUACAAUAAAGCAAUGGAGUUGACAGAGGCAUGUCCUUUUUCUAUUCACAUCUACACAGAAAAGUGCAAACCCAAAAUUAAACCUGUUUGCCUGGAAGCAAGUGGCGGGCAACUUAACAAAGCCAUUUGUAUGAAUGUAGUUAAUAAAGGAGUUGCUAAGCCAAUGAAUAACAGUGAAAAUAUAAUUAUUCAUACAUAUAGAAGUGAUACACAGAUCACUUCUGUAAUUGAAAACAAGACUGAAGGCAAAACAAUAAUUCACCUCAAUAAUGAGAAAAGUAAGAAUUGUGUGAAUAAUAGGGGACUCAACACAUUUGCUAUUGAAGUGGCACCCAGAUCCAUGAUGGUUUGUCAGCAUGUGAUGCCACUGAAUGAACAAGAAGAAUGGAUAUACAACUCUGUUUAUUCUGUUUUAGUUUAAGCUAUCAUAAUUACAGGGUGUGGGCUCACAACAGAAAAGAGAAUCCAACAGACACUGCCAAGUCUUGGAUUAGUAGUUUCCAGAUCAUUGUACCACAGAAGUCUUGUGCUGUAGUGCACUUGUCCUGGAUGCUGAGAUCUGAGGGAAGUGAGCAGGAAACUGCUGAUCUAUACCUGAACCUGAGCAGUAAAACAGAGGAGAUAUUUUUACCUCUCUGUGCCUGUGUUCUAUGGGGACAAUGCAAGGGGCGGGAGUUGGGGUAUGCUUCAAGAAUGCAUGCCUCAUGAGAUGAAUCUCCUGGCCUUAAUUUCAGCCACCCAAAGUACUAUACAAACCCUGUGCCCUUUGCAGUUCACACAGUGUUUGGGGACGGAAUUGGGUUGUGGAUUAAUUAGAAUUGAAGGAAGUACUUUUCCUAAUCCCACUUCCCCCCUUUAAUCCUUUUAGCUUCAGAGUGGUUGGAGUGUUAGUGAAUUAAGAUUAGGGGCUGCACACAUCACAGCAUGCCUUUCUCAACCCUAAUUUCAUAUCCUACAUUACUAUAAGAACUGUGGGUGACCUUGUUGUGGUGCUCUACUGACAGGCACUCAACCUUUUAGAAGAAGUGAAGAAACAGCUUUGGAUCUGGUCUUGUACUGCUCUUUAAUAUGUAGAUGACCUGAUAAAUCUGAGUCUGGAAAAC